GUAACGAACAAUAACAAAUCGACGGACAGAUAUUUAGUUUAAUUUAAAAAGCAUUAAUUUUAAGGACUUAGAAGUAAUGGCACCAAGUUAUCUACCACUAAGCUUUCGGAUCAUCUUAAAAGCUUCAUCUUCAGCGUCAAGUAAUUUAUCCAGGAGGAAUAUUCAUCAUACAAGUAGAAACCUGUUUGACUUCUCAUCCAUAACACACAUGAAAAAACGCCGCGAGUUUACAGGAAAGCAGUUAGUCGGGUACUCAAUGGAGCAAAUGUACACAGUAGUGGCGGAUGUUGAAAAUUAUUACAAAUUUGUACCAUUUUGUAAAAAAUCGAUGGUUUAUAAUAAGAAAGAUGGAAAGUUGACAGCUGAUCUUGUUAUAGGAUUUCCUCCACUGAAUGAGAAAUACACGUCACAUGUAACACUCGUCAGGCCGAAUCUAGUCAAAGCUGAGUGUAACGAUGGUAGAUUAUUCAGUUAUCUUCUCAAUCAUUGGCGUUUCUCUCCUGGCGUCAAAGAUAUUCCACAAUCUUGUGUUAUUGACUUUGCUGUCGCGUUUCAAUUUAAAUCAGCAAUCCACUCACAAUUGGCAAAUUUCUUUUUCGAUCAACUGGUACUUCAAAUGGAGCGAGCUUUCAUCGAUGAAGCGGAGGAACGUUAUGGAUCACCUGCGAUAAAAAGUCAUGUUCUUGAAGCCCAAAGUCGUGUUAUUUAAUGUUUAUUUAAAGAAAAAACCAAAUUUUAAUUCUUUACGUUUGGAGAAAUUUUAAUAAAAAAGAAAAAAUUCGUGUUGACAAUUACAUUUGACCGCAUUGACUUAUUGAGAUCGGUAGACGAGGUUUGUUGUUGGAUCCUAUGGGAACAUUUUCAAUUUUUCUCACAUUAAGUAAGCCAUCGAUGACACGGCCAAAAACAACAUGUUUGUUGUCAAGAAAAUUACAUUUAGCGCAUGUUAUGAAGAAUUGACAUCCAUUUGUGUCUUUUCCACUGUUUGCCAUUGAUAAAAGUCCUGCUGUGUCAUGUUUCAGAGUGAAGUUCUCAUCAGGGAAUGUACUUCCUGUAUAAAUAUUAACUACGCCA